UUUUGAUUUCAAUUUCGAAAUGAGGGUACAUUCAUCUUUUGGUUUGGUAAAUCGAGUGUUUUUUGUUUAUGCGUACUUGGAUUUCAAUGUUAAAGAAUACCCAAUAGGGAAAUUUUGAUUUUGAAACUCAAUUUGCUGUACCUUCUGUUAAUUUGAAAUUGGUGCAUUUUGCUGUAUGUGUGCUUUUGUUUUUGUAGAACAAGUCCGAUCUCCACAUUGGGUAGCUUUACAAUUUGGGGUAACAUUUGUUCCUGAUUUGGGAUCCAUGAAAUGUUACAGAUUGCAUUUGAAUAUGUGAAAUCUAUCUUCCUGUAUUGGUUUAUUCUGAUAUCAUAGUACUUGGUGUUUUGCUGCAAAUUGGAUCUUGGUUGGAGUUUGAUUUGCCUAUUUAGAUUAGAAUUUUGCUUCUUUAAUCCCAAAAAUAUACAAAAUCACAAGUUUUCUGAUCUCACAUUCUUUCCAAUUUUUAUGGAAAUUUUCAUUAUUAAGACUCAUAUGUAUUUGUUGUGCAUCUUCAAUGUAAUCUGCUAAUGUUUGUUAAUUUCUCAGUUCUCAUGUGUAAUCUCUAUUUUAUGAGAUAAUUUUGGCCCAUUCCUUUUGUUUGAAUCUGUCAAAUGAAAUAUCCCAUGAAUGUAAUGUAGUAUUUGUAUGUUGAUUUGGUACACAUGAACAUGACAAAUGGUUUUUUUUCUGUAUCAAGUAAUUAUGCCAACUGUUGUCGUGUUUCUUGUUAUGCUGCACUUAAAGUCAUUAUAGAGGGCUAAUUUUCUGUUAUGGUGCUUGCUAUACUUGCUUUUAACCGAUAAAAUAUCAAAGUGUAACUUGAGAUCUAGAGUUUCUUUCCCCAAAGAAAUUCUUAACUUUUUCUUUUACGAUCCUUAUGGUGUAAUUUUUUUGUGUAGGUUUGAUCAUACGUAACUGGUCGCUCUAAGUUGAAUUAACAGGAUCCUUUGUGCACUCAAAUUUCAAUCCGCUUCUGUUACCCAAGAUCUUCACUAUGAGUUCUCGGUUCCCAUCUCAUCAGUUAAACAAUGGUUUGUAUGUAUCAGGCCGGCCGGAGCCACCAAAAGAAAAAGCUCCGACAAUGUCCUCCACCGCCGUCCCUUACACCGGCGGUGACAUAAAAAAGUCCGGUGAACUAGGAAAGAUGUUUGAUGUGGAUCAUAAUAGCUCUAGGCCAAGAAAAUCUGGACAUCUAGCCAAUGCUCCUUUAAGAACAGGAUCUUUGGGUGGUGGGAAUACAUCUCACUCAGGCCAAACGUCAUCACAUUCUGUCAACAGAAUGAGUUCUUUAUCUGGGGGUGUUCCCGGAUCAGCUUCAAUGAAGAAAACCAGUUCUGGUCCUUUAAACAAACAUGGAGAACCAAUAAGAAAGUCUUCUGGGCCUCAAGGUGGAGGGAUGAUUUCUGCUUCCCGACAAAAUUCUGGACCUCUUCCGCCAGUUCUCCCUGCCACUGGUCUACUUACAUCGGGGCCUAUUUUAUCUGGACCCCUCAAUUCAUCAGGUGCACCUCGAAAGUCAUCAGGUCCCUUGGACUCUUCUGGGUCAAUUAAAUCACGCAGUACUUCGAUGGUUAAAAAUCAAGCGGUUACUCAUCUCAGCCAGGAGGAUAGAAACUCCUUCUUCAGGAGCUUCCCGAAGCUUGUUUUUUGGUCCAUACUUCUGCUUUUUGUGAUGGGGUUUAUCGCUGCAGUUUUUAUACUUGCAGCGGUUGGCAAUCCCGUUCUUCUCAUUGUUGUUGUUGUUCUUUUUGCUGCUGUGAGCUUGGCUUUCACCUGGAAUGCUUGUCGGGGUAGAAAAGCCGUCAUUAAGUUCAUCUCUGAGUAUCCAGAUGCCGAGCUUAGAACAGCAAAGGAUGGCCAGUUCGUCAAGGUUUCUGGGGUUGUUACUUGUGGAAAUGUUCCUCUGGAGUCAUCAUUCCAAAGGGUUCCUAGAUGUGUUUAUACAUCCACUAGUUUAUAUGAAUACCGAGGUUGGGAUUCAAAAGCUGCCAACCCUACACAUCGCCGCUUUACCUGGGGUCUUCGAUCCAUGGAGAGGCAUGUUGUAGAUUUCUAUAUAUCUGAUUUCCAAUCUGGGUUGAGGGCAUUAGUUAAGACUGGUUAUGGUGCCCGGGUGACUCCAUAUGUCGAUGAAUCUGCUGUUAUUGAUAUCGAUCAAUCCAACAAAGAUAUGUCUCCGCAGUUCAUAAGAUGGUUGGCUGAUAGAAACCUCUCUAGUGAUGAUCGUGUAAUGCGACUCAAAGAAGGGUACAUUAAAGAAGGCAGCAGUGUGAGCGUGAUGGGAGUCGUCCAGAGAAACGAUAACGUGUUGAUGAUCAUUCCUCCACCAGAGCCCGUUCCAACCGGAUGCCAAUGGGCUACAUGUAUGCUUCCUGCAAGCCUCGAUGGCAUCGUUUUGAGAUGUGAAGACUCAUCGAAUCUUGAUGUGAUUCCCGUGUAGCGUUUUGCUACUCUCAGUAAGUCAAACUUUGACCAAAAAAUGAUAGUUGUAUAGUCUGGUUUUGUUUCACCCCAUGAUCUUGUUUGGGAGUGUUUUGUCAAAUGGUGUUGUGUGAUUAUGGAGCUUUUGGGGGAGAACUUUGAGACUUGAAGAAGAAGUUCACAAUUUUCCUGGAUUUUUUUCUAUUUACUUUUUCUUUUUUCUGAGAAAUGUUUGAAGAAUUUGAGAUUUUAAUGGUGUUAUAUGGUUCAUUUAUGGC